CUUAGUAGACUACUACUACUACUACUGCUCUACACACCGCCAUUUGCCCGUAUAUAGCAGACGCCGCCACCGACUACACACAAGUCGUUCCCGAUUCACGUCAGUCUGGCUGUUGCAUUCGACGGGGCCGCCUGUGCCUCCAACUGGUUUCCCUCGACUCUUUUUGUUGGUGUGUUUUUCCUUUCGUUCGUUCGUGUGUUUGGUGUGUUGCUUUGUUGGAAUCGACACUUCCCGUCACGAUUAUUAUCGUUUUUUUUUUCAGUGGCAUUGUGUUGUCUCGACAUAUCUACUACACAGGGUCGUGGUUCAAGGCAGCUGAUGACUGAUUGUUUGUUUUUUUUCCAACUUUAUUGAUAUUUGAAUAAAACAUUGUUAAAAUGGCGACGAACAAAUCUGCAGUGGAAUUGAAAGAGAUGAAGAAUGGUGAAAUCGUGGAAGAAGAUUCGGAUGACGGACCAGCUCACAUAGUUCCGCCGGAUGGCGGAUGGGGCUGGGUCGUUAUGAUCGCCUCCUUCUUCUGCAACAUCAUCGUCGACGGUAUCAUCUUUUCGUUCGGACUGGUCGUCACCAAUUUGGCCGAAAGUUUCGAAGUUCCCGUCUCCACCGUCUCGUGGGUGGCAUCUCUCCUGGCCGGCUUUUACCUCUUGGCCGGACCUUUCGUGUCAUCGUUGUCGACUCGGUUCGGUUUUCGGACGGUGGCGUGCGCCGGGAGCGUCGUGGCCGGCUUAAGCUUUGCCGUCGCCUCGCUGGCCAUGUCCGUCGAGUUCCUCUACGUCUUCAUCGGCGUAUUGGGUGGCAUCGGCAUGGGUCUGGUCUACGUUCCAGCCGUCGUCGCCGUUGGUUUCUACUUUGAGAAGAGGCGAGCCCUUGCCACCGGCAUCGCCGUCUGCGGCUCCGGAAUCGGGACCUUCGUCCUGGCCCCUUUCACCACCUGGCUCCUCGGCUAUUACGGAUGGCGCGGAACACUUCUCAUCCACGCUGGCUUGGUAUUGAACUGCGCCAUUUUUGGCGCCAUGUUUCGGCCGUUGGAGCCGACCAAGAAGAGCAAAGUGACCCGGCGCCAAUUGGCCGACGAAGAAGUCUCGGCUGGAACGCCGUUGAUGGUGAGGAUCAAACGAGAGCGGGACGAGAAGCUGCGCAACGAUGAGCAGCAGGAAACAAUGAACCAGCAGCAGCAGACGGACCACUUUCACUCGUCGACCAAUUCACUGAAUAACACCGUCAAGUUGGUCGGCAUCAAAGCCAAACGGUCGUCGACAUUAACCGAUUCGGCCAGUUCACUCGGCAAGAAGGAGAAGGAGACUCCGCUCCUAUUGGCAGCUGCCGGCAGCAAACGCUCGCUGGCCAAUCAAGACGAAGUCCAGCCGUUGAAUCGAGACGACGCUUUCUACACGGGCAGUUUGCAGCGUCUACCGCAGUACAGAGAAAACCCCGCCAGCUAUCACGCAUCCGUCACUAGGAUUCCGGAAAUCGUCGAAGAAACGGACGGAAAGAAGAAAUCGAACGGAUGCGUGCGAGCCGUUUCCUCGCUGAUUCAAUUUUCUCUCUUCAAAUCUCCCACGUUCAAUCUGCUCUGCUUUGCCAGUUUCAUCACUUUCCUCGGCUUCUUCGUGCCGUUCAUGUUCUUGGCCGCCAGAGCCGAGCAGCUCGGAGCCGACAAGGAAUCGGCCUCUUUCUUGCUCUCCAUCAUCGGCAUCACCAACACUUUGGGUCGCGUCGUUUGCGGAGCCCUUUCCGAUCAUCCCAAAGUCAACGUUCUGAUGGUCAACAACGCCGCCCUGACUCUCGGAGGAGUUGUGACCAUCGCAACUCCAUUCUUCCCCGCCUACGAGAUGCUUAUCGUCUACGCAUGCCUAUUUGGCUUAUCGAUCGCCUGCUUCGCCUCUCUCCGUUCCAUCCUCAUGGUGGAACUACUCGGUUUGGAGAAUCUGACUAACGCGUUUGGACUUUGUUUGAUGUUUACUGGUGUUUCCGCCACGGUGGGCGGUCCCUUGGCCAGUAUGUUUUACGAUGCCACGAACGAUUAUGACGCUUCGUUCUACUUGUCUGGAUCUAUGAUUCUCAUCUCCGGCAUCCUCUGUUACCCGCUCGGUUACAUCAACCGAUGGGAGAAGAAGCGGAACAAUGCCACCCAACACAACAAGCAAAAAGUUAAGCCGGUUCCCGAACCGGCGCCAGUUGCUGUUGCAUAAGAAUAACGAAAUUCAUUUUUCGUUCAAAAUGGUUUCGUACCCCCCCCCCCCCCCCCCCUAUCGUGCCUCCUAUAGUACAUUGAACUAUUAUUAUAACAGUAUAUAUACAUAAUAUUUACGAAAUUCUAGAAGACAAAAUGGCCAGCCACUGAAAAACUGUUGACAACAUAUGGACGAACCUCAUCCACCAUUUUUCCUUUUUGAUUUUUCCUUUUCAGUUUCUCCCAGUUAUAAUGCUAUAUAUGCUAAAUGAAUUGCGGUUAUGAAGACUUGUUAUUAGUGCAGUGUAACAAUUGUGUGCGAGGAUGACUUAUCCCGGUGAGUGUCUUUUACCGUUUUUCGUGAUGGAAAUUUCGACUGUAAUUAUAAAUUUUAUUUUUGCAACUUAAUUGAAACAUCAAAAACACAAAGGACAUAGAUUUCUUUUGAAUGCUCAGCCCUAAAAACAUUUUUGAAAGUGACUACUACAUAUCUUAGAUUUGAAAAAAAAAGUAAAAAAAAAAUAUGCACAUCUAAUAUAAAUGGUAUCAGGGCAUUCAUUGAAAUUGGGGAAGUUAUUUUUGGGAAUGAUUGCUGUGUUCUGUAUUGCAUUUAAUAGUUAUUAGUUACUACGAUAUUCGUUAAUUGAAAGCCUGGGGGAGAGACGAAUGACAAUUUUACAGGAAAUCAUGCUGUGUAAAAUAAUUCAGCUAUGUUGAAUACUUUUUUGUUAUUUUUUCUUUCAUUUUUCUCUUUCAAUUUUGUAUCGAAGUGGUUUAUUGUGUGUCAAUGUUGUCUUGAUUCAUUCUCCAUUAUUUUCUAAAUGACCGUACACACCUUGCCUUCCUUCUAGUGUAACCGUGUUGGCACGCUUAAAUAUAAUUUACACUUCUGAAA